AAUCAUAGCCUUUACUCACAGACAGAACUCCCUCCCUCUCCCAUUCACUCACUCACUUUAGGCCAAUCCGUCCUCUCCCUCUCUCUCCCUCUCUCUGUGUCUCUCUCCUACUCUGAGACAGAGUCAGAACUCUUCUCCCUGACAGCCACAAACAUCUACAGCACUUAUUGCAUUCAGAGAGGGAACCUGCAAACAAAACUUCACAGAAAACUUUUGGUUCUUGUUCCAGAGAAUUUGCUGAAGAGAAGGAAAAACAAACAAACAAACAAACAAACCAAACCAGCCCCAAAAAAACUGUGCGUGAAGGGGGAGGAAAAGCAGGGCCUUUUAAAAAGGGAAUCACAACAACUUUUGCUGCCAGGAUGCCUUUGCUUUGGAAGAGAGGAUUUUUGUUGGUGCUUUGCUGGAUUAUAGUGAGGAGUUCCCCAACCCCAGGAUCCGAGGGGCACAGUUCAGUCACUGACUGUCCAUCAUGUGCCCUUGCCACGCUCUCGAAGGAUGUGCCCAGCUCACAGCCUGAGAUGGUGGAAGCAGUAAAGAAGCACAUACUGAACAUGUUGCACUUGAGGGACAGACCUAAUAUCACCCAGCCGGUGCCCAAGGCAGCACUUUUAAAUGCCAUCAAGAAACUCCACGUGGGGAAGGUGGGAGAGGAUGGCUAUGUGGAAAUAGAGGAUGAUGUUGGAAGAAGAGCUGAAAUGAAUGAAGUUGUGGAGCAAACCUCAGAAAUCAUCACUUUUGCGGAAUCAGGCACACCCAAGAAAACAUUGCACUUUGAGAUUUCCAAGGAAGGCAGUGAGUUAUCAGUGGUGGAACAUGCUGAAGUGUGGCUCUUCCUGAAGGUCUCCAAAGCCAACCGGAGCAGGACAAAAGUCACCAUCCGCCUGUUUCAACAGCAGCGGCAGCCAAAAGGCAACUCUGAAGGAGCAGAAGAUAUGGAGGAUGGAGGGCUGAAAGGUGAAAGGAGUGAGACUCUGAUUUCAGAAAAGGCAGUGGACACCCGAAAGAGCACUUGGCACAUCUUUCCUGUCUCCAGCAGUGUCCAGAGACUCCUGGACCAAGGCAAGAAUUCUUUGGAUGUGCGGAUUGCCUGUGACCUGUGCCAAGAGACUGGGGCAAGCCUGGUGCUACUGGGCAAGAAGAAGAAAAAGGAAGAUGACGGGGAGGGGAAAGAAAAGGAUGCUGGAGAAGUCCCAGGAGAAGAGGAGAAGGAGCAAUCACACCGGCCCUUCCUGAUGAUGAUUGCCCGGCACUCAGAGGACCGUCAGCACAGGCGGCGAAGACGAGGCCUGGAGUGUGAUGGCAAAGUCAACAUCUGCUGUAAGAAGCAGUUCUUUGUCAGCUUCAAAGACAUAGGAUGGAGUGACUGGAUCAUUGCACCUACAGGUUAUCAUGCCAACUACUGCGAAGGAGAGUGCCCCAGCCAUAUAGCAGGCACAUCUGGUUCGUCAUUAUCUUUCCACUCCACUGUCAUCAACCAUUACCGCAUGCGGGGCCAUAGCCCCUUUGCCAACCUCAAGUCAUGUUGUGUGCCCACCAAGCUGCGGCCCAUGUCCAUGCUCUACUAUGACGAUGGCCAGAACAUCAUCAAGAAAGAUAUACAGAAUAUGAUUGUGGAGGAGUGUGGCUGUUCAUAGACACGUAUGUGCACAAGACUCUUCUUUUUAUAUUGAGAAGAGAACGUUUUAAAAGCCCAAGAAGAGGAAAGACCUGACACGGUAUAAAAGCCUUUUUGAACAAAACAAUCAUCUGAAAUAAAAACAAGAACAAGCAAAUGAAAACAAACAAACAAACAACAAAAAAAAAACAAACAACAAAAAAAAACACAACUACACACAAAAAAAAAGAGGGGACAGUAAAAAUAAUAAAUAGAAAAAGACAUAUUGAGGAUCAGAAAAGACUACAGCUAUAAAGAGGAAGAAAGCUUCACGAUCCCAGGCUUGAAUGAGAUACGUUUGAAUGACGGUAUGGGUUGGGGAUUUCCCCUUCCUUUCAGUAUGCUCCUUAUCUUAUUAGAUAGUAUGUUAAGCAUUAGCUAUUACUAGGGGAAAUAUGUUCCCUCCCCUAGCUACCCAUCAGUUCAAGCCAUGGUAGCAGCUCAUCUAACCUGCAGCAGUUUGGACAAAGUCCAAAAUGUCAUUGAAAUUCCUUGAAAAGCCAUGUGUAUGAACACUACAUUCACUGGCACUUUCCCCAAAAAUUUACCAACGAACUGAGUAGGUGUGUAGUGUUUGUGUGGAUAUAUAUGCGGCUAUGUAUUUAUAUACAUACCUUUAUACAUACAGACACUACACACUUACAUAUACUUACAUUGGUAAAGAGACAAUAUUGUGCAGGUGUAUACACCUUCAUCUUCUGCACUACAUUUACAAAAAAAAAAAAAAAGAAAAAAGAAAAAAGAAAAAAGAAAAGAAAAACGAAGAAAAAUGGUUAAAAAGAGUGAAUGAAAGAAUAAAAGUUACAUAUUGUAAAGGUGCUUACAACGUUAGAACUAUGCAACCUAGUUGGUUUGAAACUGUUUACCUGCAAGAGAAAGAAAAAAAAAAGAAAAAAAAAAGAAAGACUUUUUUUUAAAUGGAAGUAACUUGUUUAAAAAAAAAUCUUCAGUGAGAGAUACUUGAAAGGAAUAUGUUUGUCCAGAUACUGGAGCCAAACAUUUCUAUAUUUUGUAAAAAAAAAUUUUUAAUCGUUUACUAUUUGCACUACAAUGGUGUCUGACCUGUCUAAUCCUUAUUUAACAAACAUUUGCAAGGGAGGGUGGUUGGGUGUGGGAGGGGUUGAGAGCUGCACUUAUUGUGAGCUAUACAAGAACUGCUACAGCACACAAAAUAGCUAUUUUUAUUAUUAUAAUUAUUAUUAUUAUUUUGUACCUUAAACUGAAUAGACACAUACACCAAAGACACUUGUGCGAGCCUCUAAAAAGUCUGUUUGUGGUUGGUACCAUUCACCUGUAAUAAGUUAUGGUUUGAAUUAAGGGUCAGUGGGUUGAUUACAUUCAGGCUAGUAUAUCUGCUAACCAGUUAAAUUCAAAUUCUUCCCUAAACAGAAAAUUGUAAUUUGAAGAAAGCCCUCAAAAGCCCUGGGAUGUGUAUCCAAGGUGCUUGAAUCCAAGGUCCAUAACUGUACUUGUUUUGCAUAUACAACACAAGACUUAUCCCUGAUGCACAGCAACUGUGCAUCAUUGGGAAACAACUUUAUACAAGGGACAUACAUAUAUAUAUGUAUAUAUAUUUCUGUAUGUAUAUAUGUAUGUAUACACAAGGUAUAAGCACUUCUGGCUUCACUUUAAUGUUCUUAAAACAAUGAAUGUUUGUGUGCAAAGCACAAUAUAUUUAAAGCUUGUUUGUUACUAACAAGCAUGAGCGUUCAAAAUGAUAUUUGUGUGAGAAGAACCUAAAGUGCUGGUGUACACUUAGAAAAUAUUGAUGUAAAAUUGCAAGCAGCUUUGGGCCAUGCCCACCAUCACCCCUGCAAAUACAAAGAAAAUGGCAGUUGGAUUUCUGUUUGAAACGCAAUCUUAAACAAAAGGCUGGCCAUCUCAACCACCACCCUCUAGCACGACAACUCUUAAUGGGUUUGCGCGUUACCUGUAAAACCUAAUUUUCAGUGUCAACACCUAACCUGAAGGGUCCAACCCAUAGGGCAUAGGUAGAUAGGUUUAAAAAAAAAUUCUAUCGCUGUUGUAUUUAAAAGAAUGUUAAAGUUACAAUGUGUGUCUUUGGGUAGGGGGAGAUGAGAAGAAGGUAUGGGAGAAACCUUUAGGCCCUGUUUACACUGAGUUUGAUAACCCUGAGCCUGAAUCUUCAGACUCUCACAGGUUUGCAGGACCAAGCCCCUGUUAGCUGCCUUCUGACAGGAAGGGCUUCAAAAUGUCUCUCACAGAAAGCAGCGCUAACAUGGCUCCCCACCUUGCUGAGAGCACAGUCUGUUUAAAAAAAGAAAAAAAAAAGAAAAAAAAAAAAAAGAUAGCACAAUUUAACCCAGUCACAUUGGCUAGGGAUAGCGUGUUAGCACCUUCAUGGCGAGAACCAUGUUUAAGCAGUGUAAUCAGGGCCUUCAUUUUUUGUCAGCCAAAACUGUUUGUGUGUGUGUGUGCGUUUGCUCUGUGUCUGUGUGUGUGUAGAUGUAUGUGUGCAUGGGAGCGUGUCUGUAUAUGUAUGUAUCGAUAGAGAUUUAAAAAGAAAAAAAGGAAAAAAAGAAAAAAGAAAGAAAAGAAAAAAAAAGCCCUUUUGUCCGUUGAAUAGAUAUCAACAUACAUGCUUAUAGCUAAGUUUUCUAUCUAAUUUAUUUCACAGUAUUUAGAUUGCAUAGUACAGCUAAUGGGUUAUACAUUUAUGUACUUUUUAUACAAUGCAUUUUUACAGACUUGUUUGCAGUUUGCAAAAAAAAAAAAAAGAUUAAAAAAUUGUAACAAUUGGGUGAACACUAAAUUUGUCACUAAAGUAUUCUGUAAAAUAUCAAGGCUUUCUGAUUUAAAUUAUUGCAGAUUUUAUUUUAUUUUUUUUUUUAGUAUUUUCUUCCUGGGGAAAGGGAGGGAUACCAAAUGGUAGUGGGGGGGGGGAGAGGGGGGGGGGGGGGGGGAAGAUGCACAAAUAAUCUAUCUUUAUAAUUUAAACAAAUCAAGUUCCUGACCCUGCUUCAUUUGAAGCAAGUGGCAGAAUUGUUGUUGAUUUUUCUAGAAGUAGGGCCAGGCUCUGGAACUGCUGUGGCAGGAACAUAGCCUGUGACAGCUAAAGACAGUACCUUUUAUUUCACUGAACUUUGGACCUGGACUUAAAAUUAGAUGCAUAUUGCCCAUCUACCCUUACUUAUGUCCACAGGCUCAUUGAUGUCUACAGAUCUCCUUAUAAGAGUAGUAAAACUAUUUACAUGACUAAAGGUAAGGCAGGCUGAACCACAGGUUCCUUGUGCUAUAGGCAGUGUGAAGGGAGAGAACAGAUUUUGAAUGAGUGGCACCAUAUCCAACAAUAUUUAAUUUAAUUGAUUGUUCAAAAACGGGCUGCUUGUAUCAUGGUUGGUCUCAGAAUGUAGUGGCAAGGGAAGCAGGUGAGAUGGCUCAUGUUGGCUAAAAUUAUUCUCAUGUGUGAUUAAUUAAGAGCAUUGGAGUCCUGAAAUCCCAGCACCUUCCCAAAAGCGACAAUGGCAAAACUCCCAUUGACUGUAAGUAGGGUAAGUUUAGGCUCCUGGUUUUCCUGGUCAAAGCUGGCAGAGCCUUUAAAAAGAAGUCUGAUACUGAGUUUGAUACCAACUUUUAUGUGGUGCACAGGGGCUGGCCCUGGAAAACGUGAAACUAGCCUGAGAGAAUUUCCAAGUGAGGAAAGAAAAGGGGAUUUUUACAUGUGGUGAGUGGGUUGCAUGAUAGGUACAUCAAAAACACAAGAAGGUUUUUCAAAGCAAGAAGUAACUGUUCCUAAGCCCUGCUUUUUAGCUUUCAUUUGUGUGUUUAUACUGUUCACAAAUUUUAAAGGUUUCUCCCUCCAAUCUCUAUAUUCAGUCAUGGGGUUUUGAUUUGUGGUCAGAGUUAUUUAAAGCAGGGGGAAAUGAAAAACUAUAUGAUAAAAUAAAGUAAGAAAUCGGGAUGUUAAUCAAGACUGACUGAUUCCAGUAAAACACCCCACCCCUGAUAAUUUGGUUUAAUUAAAUCUGCAUGCACUUAAAAUAGCAUUAGAAAUUGUUACCAUAUUUAAACAGUUGUUCAAGGACAUGCAGUCUCAAAAAAUACUUCUCCCUUCAGGUACUACUAUACCAAAAAGAAAAAAAAAAAAGAAAAAGCUUUUAACUACUAACACAUUCCUUUCUGUAUAACCCAUUUCCUUUUUAUAUUGAAAAUGUAUUUUCAGUAUAUAUUUGAUCACAGAAAUGUACUUGUUUAGUACGUCCACAAUCUUCUUGUUUCAGAGCUGAUGACAUUCAGUGGUCUUUCCCCCUCUUCAAGUCAGAUGUUCACUGUAUCCAUGGCCUAAGAAACUGCCAGAAGUGCACAUUAAGAUGUUUCUUUGGGAGGGCUGAAUGUAUUUGUAUUCUUGGGGUUUAGCAAAAGGAAAUGCUAACAGAUGCUUAUAAUUAUUCUGCACUUAUAUGUCACAGCAGAAUACAGAUCUAGGGCCUGAAACUGCAGAACUGAAUGAAAUGGGAGUUUUGUCAUUGACUUGAAUAGAAACAGCCUUUUACCACAUUGUUGCAAACUAGGACUCUGUUAUAAAUACCUACUCUUUUGUAUUUAGUUGAGAUUCAAGUCAUCAGGUUCAUAUAACUGUGACAUCACAAGGCCAUGUAGAGGCUAGCAGCAAUAUCUCUGAAUUAGAGAAGUUCAGGCAUCUGUAAUGUCUAUGUGCAAAAUGAGAACUUUUAUGGACUAUAGUUACUCAUGGUAUAGUGCCUUACUCUGUAAGCAAUGCUGUUGAUUCCAGAGGGUCUCCUUUCCUAGAAAGUUACCAGUCAUCAUGAAUAAAGUGAGCAGAAUCUAUUUCUGGAGCGUAGGUAGAAGAGAGGUGAUGGAAAUUAGUAAUUACUUUAAGUUAAACCUCAUGUCAAUGCUGUGCAUCAGUAUAAGAAUCAGAUGCUAACUUUCUGACACUGAAGAACUUUACUCCCCAUCUGCUCUCACAGCAUUACAUGUGGAGUAAAAAGGUUUUCAGUUAGAGUAAUGAAAACUGUCAUUUGUCCUUUCAUGAACAAUUAUAAUCAAUGUUUUGAUAGGCAGAAACAAACAACACUUCUGGGUUAUAUAGCUAUUUAUUUUUUGAGAUACAGUGAAUCUGUGUUAAUUCUCAAUGAGUUUCUUUAUAUUUAAAUACUUUCAGAAACAAUACAUUGACGAUGGGUUGAAGAUAUAUAUAUAUAUGUAUGUAUAUAUACAUAUUAUAUAUAUCUACAAUAUAUAUACACACACAACUAUAUAUAUAUGUAUAUACAUAUAUAUAUAUAUAUAAAUUAUGAAAGCCAAGAUAUUAUGAAGCCUAUUUUGUUUUUAUCAUUUUGUGUUUUGUUGUUGAUAUUAUUAUUAUUAUUGUUAUUAUUAUUAUUUUGCAUACUACAUGCAGUGCUUUAACCAAUGUCUGUUUGGCUAAUGUAAUUAAAGUUGUUAAUUUAUAUGAGUACAUUUCAACUAUGUCAAUGGUUUCUUAAUAUUUAUUGUGUAGAAGGACUGGUAUUUUUUUUAUUUACAUUAUGUUUAAAGAGGUAACAGUUUGAUAUGUUCUCAUUUGUUUAUAUUAGAAGUUAUUUAUUUUCACGGCAUUCCGUCUGGUAUUUUGAUAUUUGGAAGGCAUGCUACCUAUACUUUGUACAGUUAGUGGGCAGUAUUCAGCAGCUCCCGGUAGAUUUUUAGGCCCUGUGUUAAAUAAAAGACAUGUUUGGGAUUUCUAUUUUAGAUCUUUCUUAUUGGUUUGCCAGGACCACUCAGUGCACUUACUGCCAGACACCCUGCCUGCGUGACCAAUUUAUUCCUACUGUAUUUACCCAGGACAGAGGACCAAAACCACCUCUAGUGUAAGUCUGGUGACUUCAGUGAAGUUACACCAGAGAUGUAUUUGGCUCACCGAGAAAUUGCUUGUACAAAUCAGUGCAAAGAAAGGACAGAAAGCAAGCAAGCAAGCAUCUUUGCAUUUGAAAGAGGAUUUCAACAUGUUAAAAAUGUUUGGGUCAGCUACUAUUUUAUUUUACUUUGUUCUUUUUGUUAUUUUGCUCUUUCUUAUACAACAACAGCAACAACACAAGUGAAAUAAAUAAAGGGAGUUUCA